AUGGCAGCUCCGCAUUUCAGUAUCCCUGUGAUAGAUUUUUCCCCUUUCAGGUCCGGCUCGGAUCCCACUAGGAGCGACGUUGCUCGCAAGGUGGUCAGUGCGUUCAAGGAAGCAGGCUUCAUGUAUGUCAAGAAUCAUGGGAUCGCUGAAGCCACCAUCUCGAAGGUGUUUAAGGAGAGUGAAAACUUCUUCGCGCUUCAGGACGAUGUCAAGGAUCCUUUGGCUUGGAGAGACCCGCGUGCCAACCGGGGAUAUACAAAGAUUGGGAGAGAACAAACGACUAACGCCAACGAUCCAGCUGAAAUUGCAGCAUUGCGCGAAGUCGCACCUGACCGUAAAGAGUCUUUCGAGAUAGGCCUAGAGACAGAUCCGGAAUUUCGAAAUUACUGGCCGCCAGAACAACUUGUCCCUGACUUCCGUUCCACCAUGAUACACUUCUAUGAUGCCUGUCAUAAUCUCCAUAUGGAUAUCAUGCGCGCCAUCGCAUUGGGAUUGGGGAUGGAUGAAUCGUACUUUGAUUCGGUCGUAAAUGAAGCUUGGCAUACCCUGAGAUUGUUGAAUUAUCCGCCUGUUGAGCGACGGCUGCUUGAAGGCGAAGGUCAAACCCGAGCUGGUGCCCACUCUGGUAAGGCCCAUCAUUCAAAUGAUCUUUAUUUCCAAUCCCGACCUCCCAUAGACUAUGGGUCCAUAACCCUGCUGUUUCAAGAUGAUAUCGGCGGUUUAGAGAUCCAGAAUCCUUACACCUUCGAGUAUGUGCCGGCACCACCGAUCAGCGGAACAAUCGUCGUCAAUGUCGGCGAUUUGUUAGCACGCUGGUCAAACGAUCUUUUACGGAGUACCAUGCAUCGAGUGGUUGCCCCCACCAGGACAGGAGGCGAUGAGAGGCUGGCGCCCACGCGUCAAUCUAUCGCUUUCUUCUGCAAUCCAAAUGAAGGGGCGACGGUGGACUGUUUGCCAGGUUGCGAAGGAUCUGAAGGCCCUAAGUACCCCAAAGUGAAUAGUGGGGAGUAUCUUGUGAUGAGAUUGAGUGCGACUUACGACUGA